AUGACAUCUCCUAGUGGUCGCUGGAAACAGUGCGUCGCCUUGCUAGACUCACAACUCCGACUCCACUAUCUUGACUGCCCCCCACCAUCAAACACCUACAAAGGCACUAUUCUCCUUGUUCAUGGCUUCCCCCAGACAUCGUAUCAAUUCCGGCAUGUCAUCAUCCCGCUCGCCGAUGCUGGCUAUCGCGUUCUCGCACCUGACUAUCGAGGCGCAGGCCGAUCUUCCAAACCAGCAAGCGGCUUCACCAAGACAGUCAUGGCCGCUGACCUGCUAAAGCUCAUACGCAUACAUCUCAACAUUCGCGAGCCAGUCCACCUGGUCGGCCACGAUAUCGGCGGCCUCAUCGCAUAUGCCUACGCCUCACGCUACUCCGAGCAUGUCGCCAGCGUUGCUUGGGGCGAAUGCCCGCUACCUGGCACAUCCGCGUACGAAGCGAGCAAGGACUCACUGUGGCAUUUCUCGUUCCAGAGCGUGCCUGAUCUGCCAGAAGCGCUGGUCGCUGGGCAUGAACGAAUCUACCUCCAGCACUUCUUCGAUACAGAGUCAUACAACAGUACCGCAACCUCUUUGCAGGAUCUAGAACACUAUACGUCAAUGUACUCGCAACCUGGGGCGAUGAGAUGCGCGUUUGGCAUAUACAGGGCAUUUGAGAGAGACGCGGAAGAGAACAAGGUCUGGGUUGAAGAGAAGGGGAGAUGUCGAGUUCCGACGCUGGCGUUGAAUGGUGCCAUGAGUCCGAUCGCGGAGAUGGCCGAGAGGUCGGUGGCGGAGGUUCAUGAGAAUGUUCAGAUAACGCGCGUGAAGGAGUCGGGCCAUAAUGUGGCAGAGGAGAAUCCGGAGGACUACGUGAAGAACGUCCUUGCUUUUAUAGAGAAGCACUCAUCUACACAAGGAACAACGCCCUAG